GAGAUUAGAUUCCUGGGCCACCUCACCUGGGUGACUUCCUCACUGAACCCCUCCAACCCAGACGAGCUCCUGCAGCUGCUGGACACUGCCAGGCAGCUGAAGGAGCUGCCUCUGAAGACCACGCCGGAGCAGGACAGCAUCCUGAGCCUGUCGGCACGCUGCCUGCUGCUCACUUGGCGGGACAACGAGGAGCUCAUCCUGCGCAUCCCCACGCACAAGAUCGCCGCUGCCUCCUAUCUGCAGGACGACGCGCUGCAUCUGCCAGUGCUUAAGACUGGUCUGGGCGUGGACCCGGUGCCGGCGGGCGUGGACGCCAGCCCCGGAGGUACGGGGCGAGAUCCCGGCCCUCCUGGCGCCGCACCCGAAAAGCGGCGGGUGGGCACCGCCGAGCGACGCCACACCAUCUGCAGCCUGGACUGGCGCAUGGCGUGGGGCGGGGGUGCGGGCGCCGAGGCCCGGGCGGCGGGCGGCGGCGGCAGCCUGGAGCGGCAGCGCGCGGGAGCUCGGGCGUCGGGCAGCUGGGAGCGGCGACAGACGUUCAGCGGCAGCUGGGAGCGGCGGCACGCGGGCGGCGGCGGCGCGGGCAAGCCCGGCGGCAGCUGGGAGCGACGCCACCCCGGCCCCAACCCGCUGGAUCCCCAGAACCCCAGCCCCGACGCCUACUGCAACCUAGUCAUCCUAGCUGUGGCCAACAGGGAUGCUGCUGAGGAGUCCUGUGCACUCAUCUGUCAAGUCUUCCAGAUCAUCUAUGGGGACCAGAGCAUCGAGUGUGUAAACCGGGCUGGCUACCACUACAGAUCCACGCCCAAGCGGCCGUGGCUCUCCAGCUGCAGUGAGUACCUAAACUCCCAGAAAGCACCCAGAAAGGCUGGAUGUCCUGAGAGUCGGGGCUGAUAAAGGUCUUUAGGGGUUCUGAGCUGUACCCCAGUUCUAGGGAUCCACUUAAUAGAAUAUCAGUCUUCAAGAUGACCUUUUAAGAGAUGAUCAGGGGCUGGAGAGAUGGCUCAGAGGUUAAGAGCCCGACUGUUCUUUCAGAGGUCCUGAGUUCAAUUUCCAGCACCCAUAUGGUGGCUCACAAC